AACGCAGCCGGUCGUUGUCUGUUGGUCUCGGGAGAGGGGGGGCUGGGCGAGGGGGACCAGAAGUGGAAGAAGUUUAGCGAAGUACGUUAGGCCCUGAAGAGGUCGCUGCGGGCUCAGGAGAGAAUCAGCCCACAGGUCCUAGCAAGAGACAAGAACUGAAUGAAGGAAGAGGAGGUUCCAGGACCUAGAUAUUGUUAUUUCUGGGGUCACUUUGACUGGUGGCUGUGACGUCUAACUAGAAAUUUAGGAUAUAUCUGGAAGAGACAAAGAGAAGAGAGGAAAAUGCUUCAAGCCCAGGAAACCCUGUCAUUCAAGGAUGUGGCCGUGGACUUCACGUGGGAAGAGUGGCAGCUCCUGGCGCCUGCCCAGAAGGCCCUGUACCGGGACGUGAUGCUGGAGAACUACAGCCACCUGCUGUCCGUGGGGUGUCAAGUCCGCAGACCCGACGCGCUGGCCGAGUUGGAACGAGGGGAAGACCCGUGGGCCAGAGAAGAGGGAACCGGCAGUGGUCCGUGUCCGGAAAUUGGCAAUGUUCAUAAUCACCUGCAGGGUCACUGGGAAAAUCAAAGAAUGCUGAAGGAUAUAGAACAAUACCAGGAACAUAAUGCUUUUGGAAAUCCUGUUCCUCGAAGCAAAAGUCAUUUCCCUUUCAGGCAAAAUCAGGAUAUGUUUGUGUUUGAUAUAAAAACUUUGAAGCCAAAUUUAAGUUCAGUCAACCAGAGCAAAAGCUAUGAAAUUAAGAACUCUACCAAAUGUAAUGGAGAUGGGAAAUCAUUUCUGAAUGGUAAGCAUGAAGAAUUUCAUUGUGCAGUUAAAUUCCCUGUGAGUGCAAAAGCCGUCAGCAGUAGGCCUCAAGUCAUCAAGCACCCAGGAACUCCCAGCGCAGAGAAAGCCCACGUAUGCAGUGAAUGUGGGAAAGCCUUCGUUAAGAAGUCUCAGCUCACUGAUCAUCAGAGAGUUCAUACAGGAGAGAAACCUUAUGGAUGCAGUCUGUGUGCAAAAGUAUUCUCCAGAAAGUCCAGGCUCAAUGAACAUCAGAGAAUUCACAAGAGGGAGAAAUCCUUUAUAUGCGGUGAGUGUGGAAAAGUCUUCACCAUGAAGAGCCGUCUGAUCGAACACCAGAGAACUCACACUGGAGAGAAGCCCUUCGUAUGCAGUGAAUGUGGAAAAGGAUUCCCAGGGAAGCGUAAUCUCAUAGUACAUCAGCGAAACCACACUGGAGAGAAAUGCUACGUGUGUAGUGAAUGCGGAAAAGGCUUCACUGGGAAGAGCAUGCUUACCAUACACCAGCGAACUCACACGGGAGAGAAGCCCUUCACCUGCAGUGAGUGUGGGAAAGGCUUCACCACGAAGCACUAUGUCAUCAUACACCAGCGGAAUCACACAGGAGAGAAGCCGUACACGUGCAAUGAAUGUGGGAAAGGUUUCACCAUGAAGAGUCGUCUGACUGAACAUCAGCGAACUCACACGGGAGAGAAACCCUAUGUGUGCGGUGAGUGUGGAAAAGGCUUUCCCAGGAAGAGCAAUCUCAUUGUACAUCAGAGAAAUCACACAGUAGAGAAAUCCUACGUGUGUAGUGAAUGUGGAAAAGGCUUCACCGUGAAGAGCAUGCUUGUCAUACAUCAGCGAACUCACACAGGAGAGAAACCCUACAUCUGCAGUGAGUGUGGGAAGGGCUUCCCCUUGAAGAGUCGCCUGGUCGUGCACCAGCGAACGCACACUGGGGAGAAGCCUUACAGAUGCGGCGAAUGUGGGAAAGGUUUCAUCGUGAACAGCGGACUGAUGCUACAUCAGCGAACUCACACGGGGGAGAAACCCUACAUAUGCAAUAAAUGUGGCAAAGGUUUUGCCUUUAAGAGCAAUCUUGUGGUACAUCAGCGAACUCACACCGGAGAGAAGCCCUUUAUGUGCAGUGAAUGCGGAAAAGGUUUCUCCAUGAAACGCUAUCUCGUUGUACAUCAGCAGAUUCAUACGGGAGAGAAGUCCUUUAUAUGCAGUGAAUGUGGGAAAGGUUUUGUCUUGGAAAUGGAACUCCUUUUACACCAGCAAGUUCAUACUGGAGAGAAACCUUAUGCAUGCGAUGAAUGUGGGAAAGGCUUCACUGUGAAAAGCCGUCUUGUUGUUCAUCAGCGAACCCAUACGGGAGAGAAACCUUUUGUAUGCAGUGAAUGUGGAAAAGGCUUCACAAUGAAGCGCUAUCUUGUUGUGCAUCAGCGAACCCAUACUGGAGAGAAGCCCUAUUUAUGCAGUGAAUGUGGGAAAGGCUUCACCGUGAAGAGCAAUCUCAUCGUGCAUCAGCGAUCUCACACGGGGGAGAAAUCAUAUAUAUGCAGUGAAUGUGGGAAAGGCUUCACUGUGAAACGCACCCUCAUUAUCCAUCAGCGAACUCACACAGGAGAGAAAUCUUACUUAUGUAACGAAUGUGGAAAGGGCUUCACCACAAAGCGCACUCUCGUCAUACACCAGCGAACUCAUACGGGAGAGAAGCCCUAUGAAUGCAGCGAAUGUGGAAAAGCCUUCAGCCAGAAGAUAUGCCUCGUACAACAUGAGAGGUGUCAUACCGGGAAGACGCCCUUUGUGUGCACUGAGUGUGGAAAGUCCUACUCCCACAAGUAUGGUCUCAUUACCCAUCAGAGAAUUCACACCGGAGAGAAACCCUAUGAGUGCAGUGACUGUGGGAAAGCCUUCACCACGAAGUCAGUACUCAAUGUCCAUCAAAGAACUCACACAGGAGAGAGGCCCUACGGAUGCAGCAACUGUGAGAAAGCCUUCUCCCACUUGUCAAACCUUGUGAAACAUAAGAAAAUGCACGUAAGGGAAACGGGUAGAUUGAGUCAAGGUGGAAGUUCCUUUAACGGAGAGUCACAGCUCGUUACGUGAGUGAACUCAUGCAGAACAAGAGCCCUGUUAAUGGGGAAGUGCCUCCUGUGGCAGCUUAGACUUCAUGGAAACACCGCUGUUUCUAGCAGACCAGAGCGUGAUCGUGGUACUGCGUGUUACCCGACGUGUGCCCUGAGGAGGUGGAAGAAUUCGCCCAGAAGACAAGCCUGGUGAACACAGUGGAUGUGGGAGUGCCUUUAGCGAGCUGACCUCAUGUUUUCUGCCAGUGGUUAAAACAGGUUGGAAAACCGAUACCUUCAAUGCGGAGAUGCCUUGGGCAGACCUUUCUAGAUUCAUUCUGAAAAGUAGACACAGAGACUGAUUCUGUGAAUGCAAAGACUAGGAAAUUCUUCAGUGGGAAGAUAGACUUUAUUAUCAGGGAUCAUCAGUAUCAUCGGUGAGCUCAUUGUUCAUAGAAAUGUGAGUUAAAAAAAAAUGACCGUGGGAAAGUUUUUACCCACGAAGAAGACCUCAGUGAAUGUCACGAUUCACACUGGAGAAAAACUUGUAAGAGGAUAAUACAUAUGGCAGGAUUCAGUGGUACUUUCUUUGUUAUUUGUCAGGAAAUCAUAGAAAUUAAAACUUAAUCAAGUAAAUAAAUAAAUCUAGUUACCCCCAAAAAAAGCUUUAAAAGAAGAUUAAGAGGAGGGAGGGUAUAGCUCAGUGGUAGAGCACGUGCUUAGCAUGCAUAAGGUUCCAUUAAAAAAUAAUUAAAAUAAUAAACUUAAUUAUCUACCCCUGCAAAAAAAAAAAGCAGUUUGCUUUUCUCAGCACUGAUUAGUUUUUAUUGCUGUAUACAACGCAAGAGUGUUUUGUGCCUACCCCCAUAUGUGAUUAGCUUUUACUUUUACUUUAGCUCUAAACACAGUUGUAAAUUUAGCCUACUGAACUACUUUAAAAGGAAACUCAAAAUGAACACAUAUUUGCACGUGCUUAGUUUAUAAAUGUGACAAAAUAUUUUACAAAACCACUUUCAAAGUUAUUUUUAUAAAAUGUAUAAUUUGAAAUCAGUUUAUCUUACAAGAAAAUGCAGUAGUUCAGAGACUUCCCCUAGUAUCCUUUACCCAACUUUCCCCAGUAAAAACAUUUUAUGUAAGCAUAUAAUAUUACUGAAUCCAGGGAAGUGACAUUGGUAGUAUACUAAGUCCCUAACCUCUGGAAUUUGGAUUUCAAUAGAUUUUACAUGAAUUUUUUUCUAAGUUUACAAUUCUAAGAUCCUUUAUUACAUGUAUAGAUUUCAUGUAACCACCACCCCCAGGACAUAAAACUGUUAAUAAUCAACACAGACACCCUCGGGAGGGUGUAGCUCAGGGGUAGAGGGCAUGCCUAGCAUGCAAGGGGUCCGGGGUUCAAUCCCCAGGGCCUACAUUAAAAAUAAAUAAAUAAACCUAAUUAUCUCCCCACCAAAACAAAACAGAAAGCCCACAGACAUCCUCAUCCUACCUUUUUGUGCUCACACCCUCUAUCCAAACCUACCUCUGGCAACCACGUAUGUUUUCCAUGAAUAUAAUCUUGUCAUUUUAUGAAUGUUAUCAAAAUAAUUUUUAUAACUGGGUUUUAUACAUUUUAUAUAAGUAAGUUGUAUUUAUUCAAAUUUAUAAUUUUUAUUAAUAAGGAACAUGUAAGCCUUUUAUGUUUUUGUCACUCAACAGAUUGCUCUUAAGACUUAUUUGAGUUGAAUUGCUUUAUCAGUAUUAGUGAGCAGUAUACAUACUGGAUGUAACUUUAUCCGUUCACUCUUUGAAGAAAUUUGUGUUGUUUCCUGGUUUGAGCUGUUAUAAAUAAAGAUGCUAUAAAUCCUCAUCCAA